CCCGUUCUUCGUUCCCCUUCUUCUCCGAUCGAAACACGCCGCCACCAAACCCAGUCGAUUUUCCAUCUCCAGCGAACGCGAAUCCAUGGAGGUGACGACGGAAGGUCAGCGACCGAGUUCUAGCGCGAGAAGAAGCAUCUGAUUUCCGGCGUUCCAGCGAGGUCCGGCAACGCCAGCGACUGACCACCGUGGCGCAGCAACCUCCAUCUUUUCCGGCGUUGACCUCAAACCGGCGAUGGUGACUCGUCCUCCUUCUCCGGUGACUCCAAGCAGGUACCGCAAACGGCAGGCGAAUUCAGGCGGCUUGGCAGAAACUCCGGAAAAGCGCAGCGGCGAUCGAUGACUUCUCUCCGGCAACGAGGAUGAGCGAUCCAGCAAUUCCGGCGAGCCUUCUCUGCUCAGGCAAAACAGUAGCGACGGCUUCUAGCAGCAACUCCGACGCCUCUGACAGUGGCUUGGAACCAGCGACAAAAUCCAGCGACUUGGCCUCUCCGGUGACAGAGGCAGCGACCUGGUGACGUCGAGCAGGGACGCGUGGAGUUCAGGCAGCAAACGAGAUUACUCUGACGAUGAAAUCAGAAUGAUGUUCUCUUGAAUUGAAUUGACGAAUCGAGGUAAUCAUGGAGGGGUUGACCUUGAAGUACAUCCUGGAGGACAGCGUGACGGAGGAGAUGUACGGAUGCAGGGAUUUCAUGAUGAUUUAUAUAAAAGAAUUUCAUCUCUACGCGCAGCCCGUUCUUCGUUCCCCUUCUUCUCCGAUCGAAACACGCCGCCACCAAACCCAGUCGAUUUUCCAUCUCCAGCGAAUGCGAAUCCAUGGAGGUGACGACGGUAGGUCAGCGACCGAGCUCUAGCGCGAGAAGAAGCAUCUGAUUUCCGGCGUUCCAGCAAGGUCAGCAACGCCAGCGACUGACCACCGUGGCGCAGCAACCUCCAUCUUUUCCGGCGUUGACCUCAAACCGGCGAUGGUGACUCCUCCUCCUUCUCCGGUGACUCCAAGCAGGUAUUGCAAACGGCAGGCGAAUUCAGGCGGCUUGGCAGAAACUCCGGAAAAGCGCAGCGGCGAUCGAUGACUUCUCUCCGGCAACGAGGAUGAGCGAUCCAGCAAUUCUGGCAAGCCUUCUCUGCUCAGGCAAAACAGUAGCGACGACUUCUAGCAGCAACUCCGACGCCUCUGACAGUGGCUUGGAACCAGCGACAAAAUCCAGCGACUUGGCCUCUCCGGUGACAGAGGCGGCGACCUGGUGACAUCGAGCAGGGACGCAUGGAGUUCAGGCAGCAAACGAGAUUACUCUGACGAUGAAAUCAGAAUGAUGUUCUCUUGAAUUGAAUUGACGAAUCUAGGUAAUCAUGGAGGGGUUGACCUUGAAGUACAUCCUGGAGGACAGCGUGACGGAGGAGAUGUACGGAUGCAGGGAUUUCAUGAUGUUUAAUUUAAUUAUAAGGCUUCCGCACUGGUUGUAUAAACUCUGAUAUGUAUU